GGGGUUUGUUUUGGGGUUGAGGACUGCAGGGUGAGGAUCAGGGCUCAGAGAGAGGAGACACACGAACAAGUACAGGAUGAAAAUUGCUGGAGUACUGGGGCUGCUGGUCUUGGCUUUUACAUUUGCCACUGCCAUAAAGCCAAGAAGUCAGUUCACACGUUACCGCUCAUGGAACCAACGGAUGUAUCCGGUGUGGAAAGAUGGAGACGUGAGAUUCAGGAACUGCUGGUUUGGUGGUGAAGUAACUUUUGAUCUGAAAAACGAUGCACCCACACUGACUGGAGCGAAAGCAACCUUCAAUAUCAAUCUAAACUUCCCUCCAAACCAGACAACGCUCUCUGAUGGGCAGGUGGUCUGGGCGCAAAACUGCACCAUCAAUGGACAACAGUACCAGGAGGGUCAGGCUGUGUAUCCUGACCAGGACACCCAGUCAACCGGAGUUUUCCCCGACGGUACACCGUUCAGCCGGAGCCAGAACAAGAAACCCCACUACGUGUUUGUGUGGAAGGCAUGGGGGCGUUACUGGCAGGUGGCAGAUGGGCCGUCCUCCUCCCUCACUAUCGGUACAGACAACGUCCCCCUGGGAUCCCACAACAUGGAGCUUGUCAUCUAUCACUGCCGGGGCAAAGACAAGUUCAUCCCUCUUGGCUACGCCUCCACAGUCUUCACCAUCACAGACCAGGUUCCCUUCGCCAUAUCACUCGCCCAAGUCAAUGACGUAAAUCAGGACGACCAGAACUUCAUCCAGAACCGAGCUAUUGCUUUCAGCGUCAAGGUCCACGAUCCCAGCCAGUAUCUCAACAGCGCCGACGUCAGCUUCAGCUGGGACUUUGGUGACAGCACUGGUACUCUGAUCUCCAGAGAGCUCACCGUCACACACACGUACCUCGCAGUCGGGUCCUUCAAACCUCAGGUGGUCCUGAUGGCGAGCAUCCCCAACGGCUGUGAAAACCCCACUGCUGUUGUUCCUAUUGAUGCCUCUGUUGCUCCAGCAGUAGUUGUGAUGGCCUCCACCCCUGCAGCUGUCCCAGCAUCACCAGCCGAGGGAGGAGAUGCGAUUGCUCUGGACGUUCCUGCUUCUGUGCAGCCAGCUGAAGCUGAAGAUGGAGAGGCAGUCGUUGAUACAGACACAGAGGCAGUAGAGGUUGCGUCAGUAGCGCCUGCAGUAGUCGACGCAGCUGUUGUUCCCGCCGACACUGCUGUCCCUGCUGCAGAAGCAGAUGUUGCUGCCCAGGAUGCAGAUGCAGCAGCAGAAGUAGCUGUAGAGCAAGAAGCUGACGUUGUGGCUGCUGAUACUGCUGCUGCAGAUGUCGAUGCUGCUGCUGCUGUUGAUGAUGUCGCUGCUGCUGUUGAUGCUGCCACAGAGGUUGUCCAAGCUGAGACAGAAGCCCCUGCUGAUAACGUUGUAGCCCCUGCUGCCACUGAGACCACAGCUGUAGAAGAGGCAGCACCAGCUGAUGAUGUCGAGGCUGAAGUACAGGCAACUGAGAAUGAAGUUGCAGCUACUGCAGCUCCUGCAGCCGUUGCAGCCGAAGGUGAAGUUCAAGCAGAGGUGGAAGCAGAACCAGCACAGGUUGCCCUCGUUUUGGCUAAAAGACAAGCACCAGAGCUGACUGCUGACUGCAUGGUCUACCGUUACGGCUCCGUCGCCACCGCUGUAGAUGUUGUCCAGGGUAUUGAAAGUGUAGAGAUUGUACAGAUGUCCAACGUUGUAGCAUUGACGACUGCGUUGGAUCAGAAUGCUGUGGACGUCACCAUUACUUGUCAGGGAAGUCUGCCCAGUGAGGUCUGCACAGUCAUUUCGGAUGCUGACUGUAUCACUCCGAUGGAAACCAUCUGUGGUGUAGCUACACCCUCUCCCGACUGUCAAAUGAUCCUUCGCCAGUUCUUCAAUGACUCCGGAGUAUUUUGCAUCAAUGUCUCCUUGACCAAUGAUGUCAGUUUUGCUGUUGCAAGUGCUAGAGUCAGUGUAACAGUAGCCUCCGGUGGUUCCCCAGCAGGAACUGCAGCCACAGUCCUGGGGGUUAUGGUUCUCGCCUGUGUCGUCUGUUGUAUUGGUUUGAUGUACAGGCGGUUCAAGCAGUAUCAGCCACUAAGAGAAGACGGUGACAGUGAUGGCAGCUCGGCGGUAACAUCGGUGCCUUUGUUGUUGUGGAACUUGUUGAGCCGACAGUCACCAGGAGAGAGUCGUCCACUGCUUCAGGGGAGGAUUGUGUGAAUAUCAUCAUCAGCUCAUGCACCUAUCAUCUACAACAUCCGUUAAAAUGUUGACUUUAUACACAUAAUACUCUAACUAUAUUGAUAUUGUAACUCCCGGUCAAUGUGUUAAACCAGAACCAAGUUAAGUGAACCAGCCCGGUGUACAACAUGUGUAGAAGAAAGAAGUCAACUGUGGAAUAAAGAAAUGUCAUAAGAAUGUAGAGGAAAGUGAUAUUUAUUUUGACCUACAGUAUUUUGUAUUAAUUGCCACUGAUAGUUUAUAGAAGCCAGAACUUAUUCUCCUAUUUGUGGCCUACUUAUUGUAAACCAAUUGGAAAAAUCAAUGUUAACACAUUUCAGUUAAAUUUCUUUACAACGUAAUUUAAAUCACAUCACAGAACGUUGUUGUGAUUGAAUAAAGUGGAACUUUAUCACAA